AUGCUCGGGAAGCCGUUUCGAAAUGUCAUCUCGGUCUUUGCAAUGCGCUCUUCUCUUGUAAUUAUUGUCUGUAUUGUUUCCAUUUCCGAGGUGAGCUAAAAUUUCAUUUUUCUUUCACUUCUUGUUCUUUAGGCGAUGCUUUUUAUCACGAAAAAGAGUCAUCGAUACGACAAUCCACCGUUCUGCUUCGCAUAUAAGCGCAACUACGAUAGCGAAACAGGUUCUCAAAAUUUAUCAACUUCGGAAUGUCCACAGAAAAAUUACUUAAGAUGUUUUCGAUCGAGUUGAUCACUCGCUUCCUUCUCGGGUAUAGAAAAAACUUUUUUGUACUCAAAACCUUCGCGAUCUGUUAAUUUUGAAAUAAGAACUUUUAAAAACUUCCUGCUUUUUGCUGACAUAAAUAUAACCAGUUGGAAGAUUUUAUUGAAGUAGUUAGACUCAAUUCCGAACCUGGAACCUUUAAUCAAAACCGCUUCUUCUGAGAAGUCCGCAUAAUUUCAUUCUUUGUCCACAUCUUUUCACGAUUCGUUUCAUUUUGAAGAUGCGACCAUCGACUGCAGUGGUUACCAAUACGACUGCAUAAACGUCUUUGACGACACACCAAUCGGCGUACGUCACAUUUUCCAACCCAGUUACUAAGAUAAGGUUUCAGGAAGUUGUUAACUUCGACCUGGAGAAUUGUCCAUCUAACGAAGCCCUCCGAGCUUUUGCCGCCAUCGAUUAUCCCAUCAGGAUCGCCAAGUACAAGAUCAAUUUCUGGAAGCACACAACAAAGAAACCCUAA